AUGGUCACACUUCUUCUCCUGGUGCUGCUGCUUCUCCCUCUGAAGGAGUGCAAAAUAGAUGCCAUGAAGUGUCCUGGAAUGGACUCCUUCCCUGUUCCCCACGAGUGGCAUCGUCUUGGAACCCUCCUCAUUGGUGGGAUUGCCUCUCAGAUACUUUAUAUUUCUCCCAAAGUUUCCUUCCAGGUAUAUCCUUCUCAGGAGCUGGGCUUUGAGUUUCCGAUCAUGGUGACCAAGUUCUACCAGCACAUCCUGGCUUUGGCAUUUGCCAUCAAUGAAAUCAACGAGAACCCUAAGAUUUUGCCCAAUGUCACACUUGGGUUCCACAUCUACGACAGCUACUAUCAGGAGAAGAUAUUCCACCGCACUAUUCUAGACUUGCUCUUCAAAUCAGACCGGUUUGUCCCCAACUAUGCAUGUGGCACCCAGAAGAACUUAGUAGCCAUUAUUGGGGCACUUGGCUCUGAUAUCUCCUUCCACAUGGCAGAUAUCUUAGUCCUCUACAAGAUCCCACAGCUUACAUACGGAGCAUUUGCCCCAGAAGAGGGUCAUACAAAACAGGUCCGUUCCUUUUACCACAUGGCACCCAGUGAAAACCAGCAGUACACAGGAAUUAUUCUUCUGCUUCAGCAUUUUGGGUGGACCUGGGUUGGGCUCUUUGCUGUGGAUGAUGACAGUGGAGACCAUUUCUUGCAGAUCAUAGAGCCCCUGUUUUCUCAGAAUAAAAUUUGUUCAGCUUUCAUUCAAAGAAUCCCAAACCAGGGGGAUUUCCUUUCCUUUGAUGAAUUUGUUGAUAUGGGAUGGAGUAUUAACGUGCCUUUCAUGGAGAGCAAAGCCAAAGCAUUUGUCACUUAUGGUGAAACUAUGACCUUCAUGUGGUUGACCACCAUUGUAGCUUUUUUAAUCCCCGACUUGGGGAAAAACACAUCUGCUGGAAGAGUGUGGAUUAUGACAGCUCAGAUAGAUUUUUCUGUAACAUUCAUUUUAAGGAGAUGGAACUUUCAAAUAUUUGAUGGCACAAUAUCAUUUGCAAUUCACUCAAAUGAGCCUUGUGGGUUCCGCACAUAUAUCCAGAACAAAAAGAUUUAUCCUCCCAAAGAAGAUGGAUUUUUCAAGGUUUUCUGGGAGCAGGCAUUUGAAUGUUCUUUUCCAAAUCCCAGGUUGCCAGCAAAGUUGAGCAUAACAUGUACUGGAGAAGAGAGACUGGAGAGCCUUCCAAGGUCUGUGUUUGAAAUGAGCAUGACUGGCCACAGUUACAAUGUUUAUAAUGCUGUCUAUGCCAUAGCUUAUGCGCUGCAUGCCAUGGAAUCCUCUUGGAUCAAAUACAGAGCAGUGAUGGGGUUUGCAAGGCUUGACCUUCGCAGUGUUCAACCUUGGCAGCUCCACCAAUUUCUUCAAGGCAUUUCAUUUAACAACUCAGCUGGAGAAAAUGUGUCUUUAAAUGAUUGUGGGGAAUUAAUAGCCAGCUUUGAUAUCAUGAGUAUGGACCUAUUCCCAAACAAUUCCUUCCUUAAAAUGAAAGUUGGAAUGGUGAAUCUGAAUGCUGGUGAAGGGAAACAGUUCAUCAUUAAUGACAAAUUCAUUGUGUGGCACAGGAGCUUUAAUCAGGUGGUGCCUAUUUCUGUAUGCAGUGAUUCCUGCCCUCCUGGUUAUCAGAAGAAAAAGAAAGAAGGGGAGAAGUUUUGCUGCUAUGAUUGUGCUCCCUGCCCAGAAGGGAAAAUAUCGGACCAAAAAGACAUGGAUGAAUGCUUUAAAUGCCCAGAUGAGCAGUAUCCAAGCCAGAGUAGAGACAGAUGCAUCUCCAAAGUUAUGACAUAUCUAUCUUUUGAAGAAUAUUUGGGGAUCAGCUUUAGUUUGGUUUCUGUUUCUCUUUCAUUCACCACAGCUUUUGUGCUACGAAUUUUCAUCAAGAACAGAGAUACCCCUAUAGUCAAAGCCAACAAUCGGGACAUCAGCUACAUUCUCCUUGUCUCCCUCCUCCUCUGCUUCCUCUGUUCUUUGCUGUUUCUUGGAAGACCUACGAAGGUGACCUGCAUUCUCCGUCAAACUACUUUUGGCAUUGUCUUCUCUGUAGCUGUUUCUUGUUUGCUAGCCAAAACCGUGACGGUAGUUGUCGCCUUCAUGGCCACAAAGCCAGGGUCAAGCAUGAGGAAAUUGGUGGGCAAAAAACUGACCAACUCCAUUGUCUUUUCCUGUUCUCUUAUUCAAGUAGGAAUCUGUGUAGUGUGGCUGGCAACCUCUCCUCCAUUCCCAGAUUUGGACCUGCAAUCCCAGGCGACAGAGAUCAUAGUUGAAUGCAACGAAGGUUCUGUCCUCAUGUUUUAUCUUGUCCUGGGCUACAUGGGCCUUCUGGCUAUCAUCAGCUUCAAUGUGGCUUUCCUGGCCAGGAAGUUGCCGGACACUUUCAACGAGGCCAAAUUUAUCACCUUCAGCAUGUUGCUCUUUUGCAGUGUUUGGCUGUCCUUUGUCCCUACCUACCUGAGCACCAAGGGGAAAUAUAUGGUAGCAGUAGAGAUCUUCUCUAUCUUAGCCUCUAGUGCUGGGCUCUUGGGUUGUAUCUUUGGACCUAAAUGUUACAUUAUUCUGCUGAAGCCUAAGUUGAACAUUAAGGAACAACAGAUAAAGAAAAAUUAUUAA